ACAGUACUUUAAAGUGCCUCAAACAAAAUGCAUCUAAGUGUCACUUGUCUGUUCCUGGCCCUUAGCGCCGCCUGUGCCUAUGCCUAUCCAGGCAAUGUAAAUUUGGCUGUCUAUGAGCGUGGAGCACCGCUUCAACCAGUCGACUUGGCAUCCAGUCAGCCACUAGAGCGUGUGCGUCGCCAGCAACCUAAGCUGAAUUUCUCACCUCCCACAAAUCCUCCUCGGCGUCCAGAUCUUUUUAUACAAGGUGGUGGCAGUCCUCGUCAAGGCAUUGACUUGAACGUGCAGACGCGUGUGCCCGUUUGGCAAAGUGGAAAUGGACGACACUCGGUCGAUGCGCUUGGCAAUUAUGGCCAACACUUGGGCGGUCCUUACGGCAAUAGUCGACCACAAUGGGGCGCCGGUGCGCAGUAUAGUUACCAAUUCGGUUAAAUAUCUUUGAAUAAGGUUAUCAAAGAUUAACUAUUUAUUUCAAUAAAAUUUUAAUAUAAAUCAACGAAAUUAAAGCACACCAAGUUAUUCCCCGUAA